AUGUGGAUGGUCAAGCAAUUCGCUUGGAUGAUGGAAAUGUCGAGCGAUGUGAGCAGCUCUGGAAUGCAUCCUUCAACUAUGCCAGUCUGUCCUACUACACUGGGGGAAGGAUGGGCCCGUGAUGGGUGGCUCACAAACAGUCACUGGAAUCCUGCUACCGAUUUCAUGUUCCAUGCAAGAAAAGAGGCUGACAAGAAAAAAUACAGAGUUGAAAACAUCGGAGUUCUCUGGGGGCCUCUAUUUUUCCCAUGGUUUGACACGCUGAAAUCUCCGGUACUCCUCGACCAAUGCACAAUGGCACCUGGAUGGAACCAUGACUUGAACCUGAUUGUACCGCCCCUCAAGAUUCUUCAACGUCUGGAUGAGUGGAGAAAGGAAAUUGACGACGAAUAUCACCGAAUGAUACACGAGCUCGAACAGAAGUGGAAUGGUUCUCAAAAAACAGAGCCCGCAAUCACAACCUACUAA